AAGGCGAUAAAUAAACAGAAGUAAAUUUUAAUUAUUCAAUCAUGAGUUUAAACAGCAUUUUAGCGAAUCCGGCUUUGAAAGAUAAGAAAGAAUUGGAGUUGAACGAAGAAUGGAACAACUUCGUGAAGAGAAUAGGGGAGGUUUCGGGGCUUGUGAAGGAUAUGGCUAGCGGAGACAAGGCAAAAGCUGACGCAGCCGCCGCGCUGGCCGACCAGUACCUUAAGGGGAAGGUUAUACUCGAUGAAGACGUGGAAAUGAAGGUUAAAUGCGAUCGUACUGUGAUUAAUGAAAAGGCGUUUCGGAGUAUGGAGAAUGAGAAGGGUGAAAUAGACAAAGACGCAUGGAUGGCAGAAGUAAGCAAGGACGCAGAGAUGCGUUUCCAAGACAGGAAAGUUCGCCGCGAACGCGCCGACACACUCAAGACUCAAGCUGUAAAGGCUUUCAACAGGGGAGAGUACGAGAAAGCCCUGUCUUGCUACAAUCGCGCUUUGGAGCAAGUCAGAGACAAUCCCAUGCUGUAUUGUGACCGUGCGCUUACUAAUAUCAAGCUGGGAAAUUUUGAAAAGGUAUUCAAAGACUGCGAAUGGGCCCUGAAGUUGAACGAGAACAGUUUCAAGGCGCGCCUCUACACCGCCAAAGCCUACAAAGAGUUGGAAGAGACGGAGAAACUGGAGGAAUGCCUGGUGGGGCUGAGAGAGAAGUUCCCGCAGCAUGAGGAUCUGGUGCAGUACUUCUUGGAGAAGAAGGAAGAUAAACAGGAGGAUGAAGACGAGGAUAAUCAGUAAUUUUUUUGAGGUAGCCCCGUUAUCAGACAAGGCUAAGGCUGCGGAUAUGAGAUAAAUCAAGCAAUCGUUGAUAAAAUCAGGUGGUUAUUUUUUUCAUGAAUCAGUAGCACCAUUUGUAAUUCAGUUCUUCGCUAUGCUGGAUUACAAUUUACAACUAAUCAAGUGGCUGAAAUCUCUCAUCUCCGCUCUCUUCGCCUUUUUGGUAAGGCAGCCUAGGGCAGGUGAGCUGAAGUGAGUAAUUCUGUUUUUCUCCUAUAAUUCUGUUUCAGUCCUAUAAUUCCUAUAGGUAUUGGCUGGGUUUUUUAUUACCUACUUUUUUAAUUCGGUCAACCUAAGAGACCGAGCGAAUGCCAUCGCCAAGUCACUUAACAUGCGGGUCGCCAACUCACGCCAACGUUGUGUAUAAGUCGCAUACAUAUUUCAAAUGUAGCGCCUAAUUAUGUAUUUCUGUGUAGACUUUUACUGCUUGUUUCGAAACUGAUGCAUUUCAUAAUGUAAAAAAGUAUCCUGAUUAGUGUUCAUAAAUGAUUUAUACCCAUUAAUGACUA